AUGCUCACCAAGUGCGAUCUCAAUCGACAGUUGCGGCUGAAAAUUCUUCAUAGGGAUGAGAUUGAGGGAGUAAUCUAUGGCGGCACGGAGUGUAGCCAAGGAACAUUAUUCAUAAAAAUUGAUGACCACGGCACCAAGUGCCCCGUCAGGACAAGAGACCUGUAUGCCAGGGGCGGUCCAGGGACUUCCCCGAAGGGCCAGCGCAGGUUUUGCCAACUGAACUUUGACCUUGUUUAUCCUUGUGGCUGGUCGUUCUCCAUCUUUGGAGCUGAGUAUAAGGGCCAUGUUUCCCUGCAUGGGGACUCGACCGCAAGCUUCAAGACCACGUAUUAUUUCUCUGGAGAGACGGACCAGGCGACUAGCACAGUUGACUUUAAGGGCCCUACAUCCGAGCAUUUCUCCAAGCAUAAUGUGAUAGCUUGGGAUACCUGGUCGCCCUGUGGCUCGACCCAAACCAUGCUCAACGUGAAGCAGGAGGUGAAUGUGCACGGGGCGUGUAAACUCGCAAGCAUGUCGGUGGAUGGACGGUUUGGCCACAUUGUGCUCCUCAAGUGGAGGAGGUGUUAGCUUAUUUCCACACAUAGCCUUUUUGGUGCUGGUGCAGCUAAACAUUCGAAGUUAUACGGGAAAUGGAGAGAGCCGGGGUUCCAUCCUUUCUGACUUUGUGAUUUCUAAAGGGUAUUUGUGCUAUUAAACAGUGUUUCAUGGAAGGGAGGGAAGACAACCCACUGGUAGUCUGCUUCUGGAGCCAUUGUCCAUGAUUAGUCCCCAGUAUCUUCGUCAAAGGGGAAGAUAAAUAAAAUAAAAUAUGAAAUGGCAUGAAACGUGGGAAAUACGGGGAACAAUACACAAAUUGCACAAUGACAGUGAAGGGGUAAAAGAAAAAACCAGGCUUUUGUUUUAUUUCUGACCUCCCCUCGUUUUGAACCGGCCAAUAAUAACAAAAAGCGAAGUUCGAAACAGAAUUUCUUCUUAUUUUGAUAAGGGAAAUCGAGGAUAUAGCUUAUUUACUUCUCGUGGCCAGAAUGACUAUUUUCCAUGGAGGCUUGGCAGCCUGGAGAUAAGUAGGAAUCUGUAUACUUUUCAGGCGCUAGGAUAAUUAAAUCAAUGGACGCUAGAAAUUUAGACAGUAAAGCGGGUACAGUACAUACAUUCAUGGUACAGUUCGUGGAUGAUGGAUGAUUGAUGAACCCCCAAAGAUUCGGGGCUGGUUUAGGGGCUGCAUGCCUGGAGCUCGGCAGCCAGGUUAGGCGUGCAGCCCCUGUAACUUCUGUUCUUGCGAGUCAGAUUUAUUGAAGGCCCG